AUGAUUUCUGCAUUGCGACAAGCUCACAGUCGCCCGUUGAAGGGCCGAUUGGCGUUGCUGCCCUGUGUUCAGCGAUGCCAGCUUCAUUAUGACGGACGGAACAGAGUGUCCAAUUUCUGGAUCCCCACAGGUGGGAUAUCUAAGAAGCCUGUGGAAGGGGCAAAAGAAGAUGCCAAUGAUCUCCUAGUCCGGGGCGGGUUUCUUCGACAGGCCUAUUCUGGCGUCUUUCAUCUUCUUCCACUUGGGUUGCGGGUGCAGGACAAACUUGAACGUCUGAUCGACAAGCACAUGCGAUCACUCGGAGCUUCCAAAGUUGCACUCUCAUCAAUUUCUUCCCAGGAACUGUGGGAGCAAUCUGGUCGACUGACCGAAGGCUCCGCCGAGGUCUUUCGCUUUCACGACCGAAAGGAUACUCGCUUUCUCCUUGCACCCACUCAUGAAGAAGAAAUUACUUCCCUCGUUGGUAGUCUCACCACAUCCUACAAGAGUCUCCCUCUCCGGGUUUACCAAAUAACGCGAAAAUACCGAGAUGAGGCCAGGCCAAGGCAGGGUCUUCUCCGCGGUCGUGAAUUCGUGAUGAAAGAUCUCUAUACAUUCGACUACAAUGUGCCCGAGGCCCUGAAGACGUACAAGGCCGUGAAACACGCUUACACUCAAUUUUUUGAUGAACUGAAAAUCCCGUAUCUCGUCGCUGCAGCCGAUUCCGGAAACAUGGGUGGCAGUCUCAGCCAUGAAUACCACUUCAUUAGCGCAAAGGGCGAGGACCGAGUUGUUAGCUGUUCCCACUGUGAUCACGUCUAUAAUGAAGAACUGGCUGAUGGCAAAACACACAAAUUUAACGAAACCGAAGAAAGUGCCGCUGUUCCGGGUUUCCAGACGGAGGAGGCGAAGGUCGAAGGCGGCGCAACAAUCUCCAAUGGCAUGUGGAUGGCCAUUUCACAAGAUGGAAACACCCUUCUCCGGGGCUGGUACCCCAAAUAUUCCAUGCAAAAUGGAUCUACGGAGCCAGUUGAAAGACAUGUUAACUCGCAUGCUGUGAAGGCGAUCGCCACCGCCGCAGGUGUCGAUCUCGAUCUGAGCGUGGAGAACCCCAAAGAGAAGUGGACAGCCCAUGUCCAGUCUCGAUCAUCUUCCCAGAAGCCCCGAGUGUUGGAUCUAUAUGACUCGCAGGUGCGAGUAUACCAACGUCCACCUCUCAGCGAUCUCCUGAAAGAAAUCGGCUGCACUGCUGCGGAUAUCGAGUACUCCAAACUGGACCGUUUCCCGGGUACGUCUAACCAGCUUAGCCUGGUUCGCGUGCAUGACGGAGACAACUGCGCGCAGUGUGCCGAUGGCCAAGUGACGAGCAACCCUGCGGUUGAACUGGGCCACACCUUCCAUCUGGGUACGAGGUAUAGUGAGGUGCUUCAGGCCUCGGUCUCUGUGAACCAAGCUGUUCUCGACGGAACUGCUGAAUCAGGCGCCAAGUCUUCCAAGGAGCAGAUUGUUCCGAUGGAGAUGGGCUGCCACGGAAUUGGCGUUUCUCGCUUGAUAUCGGCGGUUGCGAACCGUCUAGCAGAUGCCAAGGGGUUGAAUUGGCCCCGUGCUAUCGCACCUUUCGAUGUUGCCGUCGUGCCUACGAAGGGGCUGGACUCUGUUGCUGAGAAGAUUUACGACAGCCUCACUUCUGUGUCGGUGGAUACUCUCCUCGAUGAUCGGGAUAAGGGGAUGGGCUGGAAAUUGGGUGAUGCGGACCUGAUUGGAUAUCCAGUGCUCGUGGUUGUGGGCAAUGGGUGGAAGAAGAAUCAGACACUGGAAGUACAGUGUCGUCGCCUGGGCGUGAAAGAGGAUGUGUCCAUGGAUAAGCUGCCCACAUUCGUGGAGGGACUUUUGUCACAACUCUAA